UCUCACUCUCAAAUAUUGUUCUCAAUCAUUUCGAAGAAGCCGGCAGGAGUGUAGUUUCUUUCUUUUCUUCAAGUUAAUGACAAGCGCAAAAGAAUUCAAGGAGGCAAGUAAUACAAGGACCAUUUGUGCCCUGUACGAAGCCUUUAGUGGACGAGACAUAGAGACUAUCCAACUACUGCUUGCGUCGGAUAUUGAGUGGUGGUACCACGGUCCACCAGCUCACCAGUAUAUGAUGCGAUUUCUCACCGGUACUGGGUCAAAUAAUAGUAGUAAUACUGGUAGUAGAACCUCCUCAGCAUCUUCUGUAUCGUCCUCGGAUGGCCUUGAAGAUAUAGAAGAUUCAUCGUCGUUUUUGUUUGUUCCAAGCUCUAUCACUGCUCUUGAUUCAUUAGUUAUAGUGGAAGGAUGUGAUUUCGGCCGUCUAGUCUCGUGGGUUCAUGUUUGGACAGUCAGUGAGGAUAAUGGGAUAGUCACACAAGUAAGAGAGUACUUCAACACAUCCCUUACAAUUGCGCGUUUUGAGCACAAUUGGAAUAGCAACACCAAUGAGCCUUCAUCUUCCAGAAAAUCACGCACUUCUCCAUUGGUUAACUCGGUAGUCUGGGAGAGCAAGCUCUCCAGCACAAUCGGAAUAUCCGUUCCAGGUCUUCUCCUUGCAAUUUAGCUCGACAGAAAACUACCACUCCAUAGUUCAUAUGCCCUAUUAAUGCCCAUCCAUCUCAUGAUUAUAUCAUACACACACACGUAGUAGUUAGUACCCCCGAUUAUUUUCGUGCACCUAGUAUAUAUUGCGCUCUACCACAAGAUGUAAUAUCUACACCAUAUCAAAAUAAAAAUAAAAAUUGCUCUUCUUCUGAAGCUUCUUAAUGUAUCAAUUGCAUGUUCCUUGAAGUUCUUAAGUGGAGAAGAUAAGUUUCUUUCGUUCAUU